GCACCUCCUGUAAUAUUCAUAAUUAAAAUGGCAAAACCAACUGAUCCUUCUGAGAAACUGAUCAUCCACUCCAAAGCUCACAAAGAUACCAUUCUAGCUAAUUUUGAGGAACAAAGAAAAAAGGAUUUUCUUUGUGACAUUACUCUGAUAGUGGAGAAUGUGCAAUUUAGAGCCCAUAAAGCUUUGCUGGCUGCCAGCAGUGAAUACUUCUCAAUGAUGUUUGUAAAUGAGGAUGAAAUAGGGCAGUCAGUUUAUAUGUUGGAGGGAAUGGUGGCAGACACCUUUGGAGUUCUGCUAGAAUUUAUUUACACUGGUUGCCUCUGUGCCAGUGAGAAAAGCACAGAACAAAUCCUGGCUACUGCUCAGCUGCUGAAAGUAACUGACUUGGUCUGGGCCUGUACAGACUACCUGGAAAGCCGCAGCCCAGGCAGUGCAUUGCCAGCUCCAGCUGAAAGUGCAGCCUCUGUUGUUACAAGUGACAGGAAAAAUGAUGAUCCACCAAAGCGAAAACGGGGGCGGCCAAGGAAGAUCAAGAUUGUCCAAGAGGAAGAAGAAGAAGAAUCAGGAGCAAAUUCUGCCGAAGACGGGCAGCUGAGAGAGAACAACUCUGUGCAAAAUGAGCAAAAUUAUAUGAAAAAAGACACUGAAGUAGAAGAAACAGUUGCCAAUGAACAGGCUUCAGUGGGGAAAGAUGGAGAAGAAAGUGAACCUGCUUGUGGCUCAGAAGCUGCUGUUGAUCUGUCAGCUGAGAAAGAUGAAAACUACGAUCCCAAAUCGGAAGGAAUACAGAGCACUCAGAGCCGUUACAGCAAACGUAGAAUAAGGAGAUCAAUCAAACUAAAAGAUUACAAACUUCUUGGGGAUGAGGAUGAGAAAGGACUGGCAAAGAGAGCUGAUGGAAAAAGAAAGCGUGUGGGUUCUGAAGCUCGCUGUAAAGACUGUGGCAAAGUAUUUAAGUACAGUCAUUUCUUGGCUAUUCACCAGCGGAGCCAUACAGGGGAACGCCCUUUUAAAUGCAGUGAGUGUGGCAAAGGCUUUUCCCAGAAGCAUUCUCUUCAAGUGCAUGAGCGGAUGCAUACCGGGGAACGGCCGUACACGUGCACCAUUUGCAGUAAGGCUCUGACAACAAAGCAUUCUCUUCUGGAGCACAUGAGCCUACAUUCAGGGCAGAAGGCUUUUACCUGUGAUCAGUGUGGGAAAUACUUCAGCCAAAAGAGACAGCUCAAGAGCCACUAUCGACUACACACAGGCCGUUCACUGCCGGAAUGUAACCAGUGUCGUCGCAAAUUCAUGGAUGCAGCUCAGCUAAAGAAACAUCUAAGAACACACACAGGUGAGAAGCCCUUCACUUGUGAGAUUUGUGGCAAAUCAUUUACAGCUAAAAGUUCACUUCAGACUCACAUUAGAAUUCACAGAGGAGAAAAGCCAUAUUCUUGUGAUAUAUGUGGAAAAUCCUUCUCUGAUUCCAGUGCUAAGAGAAGACAUUGUAUCUUACACACAGGCAAAAAGCCUUUUGCCUGCCCAGAAUGUAGUUUGCAGUUUGCUCGUCUGGACAACCUGAAGUCUCAUUUGAAAAUUCACAGCAAGGAAAAGCAGUUCCAGGAAGGCAGCGCCGCCCCGAGCGCCAACGCUCAUCCAGAAGAAGUGCGAAACAUUCUCCAGCUGCAGCAGUACCAACUUGCCACCUCGGGAGGGCAGGAAAUUCAGCUGCUGGUUACGGAUGCAGUACACAACAUCAACUUCAUGCCCAGCCACAAUCAAGGCAUCAGCAUUGUGACUGCAGAAAAUGCCCCCAGCAUGACCACAGAGCAGGCUGCCAACCUCGCGCUCCUUGCGCAGCCGCCGCAGCAGCUGCAAAACUUGUUGCUUUCAGCUCCACAGGAGCAAGCAGAACAAAUUCAAAGUAUCAAUAUGAUUGCAAACCAAAUAGAGGCUGCCCAGCCUGAGCAAAUGCAUGUCAUCACUCUUUCCAAGGAAGCGCUAGAACAUCUCCAUGCUCAUCAAGGACAAAAUGAACAAAUCCACUUGCCGGGAUCUUCACAUCCAGCUCAGCACGUGCAGCUGGCUCAGGAAUCAAGUCAGCAGUCUCGCUCUAACCAUGACACGGUUCCUUCCCAUCAAGUCAGUGAGGAACAGAAUCAAAGUGUACUUGUUUCUGAAUCCCAUCAGCAGCCUCUGUCAGUGAAUGAGUCAUCUCCUGAGCAUCCUAUCCAGGGACAGGCUUUCUGAAAUGCUUGCUCGUCUGACGGCUAGGCUAGAGAAUGCUUCUCAUCCCAGCAGGGAUUACAUGUGUCACGUGGGGUUUUUUUGCAACAUAAGCUAUCCAAAGAUGCAUUUCUUGGUGAUUUUGGAUGAGUGACUCAAUUUCCUUGACCAUAUUUAUUUUAGACUACUUUGUUUUUCUGGAUUGUUAUUUCUUUACCAUACUUAGUCCUCACAAGUAUGUCAUAAGCAAUUAAUGUGGGGUUUUGUGCCUCAUUCACAUCUCUGCCUCCUGAGGAGAUAUUUAGCCCUUAUUUGCAUUUCUGAGUGACUCUCCAGAGAAGUUCACCUGGCUGGUAGGAGAACAAUGUUUAGGACAUCUGUGGAUCACAAAGUACCACUUCCCUGACAAACUUAACAUUAUACCUGAGCUACUGUCAAGCUUAAGACAACCAGUACUUUUUGCAAAGCUAACACCAUAUUUCUUCUGUUUAAUGAGCUUUCUCUCUGCAGGUUAAUGUAUAAUUCUCUAUGUAAUCAUUCCCUGAAGUGCUUUAUGAGUUACUGACUACCAAAUUCAUUUGGUUUGAGUUGAAACUGUUUGCAGCCUUUAACUAGCCCUGAAUCUUCCCUCCUGUUUACCGUGUGCUGUACACAUCUUUCUCCUCAGAAACAUUUAAGCCAUUGCACUUGAAUAGUGGCAAUGAGAUGCAGUGGUUACACUGGAGAACUGAAACCCCACAGAUUCUGCUCUGUUAGUUCUGCCACUCACUCUCUGUGUGACUGUGGGCAAGGGAGUUGACCUCUGUGCCUUAUUUCAUCAUCUAGUAAGUGGGGAUAGUGUUCACACACUCUGCCAAGCACUUUGAAGAGCUCUUGAUGUUGAAAGCACUGUCUCUUGAAGUGCAAAACCCUCUUCCUGACAGGAUUCUGUCUAAGCUUAGGAACCACUGUAUAUUUAAAAUGUUAUUUUUUGUAUUUUUGAGAGAAGAACAUAAUCUUACUUUAAUAUAUGUUAAGACUGGUAAUUGUUUAUGUGAGGAUUCAAACAAUGAAGAUCAUCACUUCAGAGCUUAACAAGUUACAUAAAUGGGGCACAUCACCUAAAGUUGUACAGCUAUUUUUGUUGACUAAAUUAGAUGUGUACAGAUUGUUUUCAAUGACUGACUGCUAACAAAAAAGAUUUAACAUGCUAAUAAAAUGCCUUGCCAAAAUACAUGCUUUCUGUUUUCAGGUUUGACUACUGGUAACACCUUUGCACUGGAGUGUUAAAAUCCAGAUAAAAUGCCACUGUUACUUAAAAGAACAUACUCAAUUGUCACUUCAGCUUUAAAAUGUCAUAUUUGUGAUUUAUAUGAAUGCUUAUGUUACAACAAACAAAAAAUUCUAAAAAACAUGGUGAAUUUAAAAGCAAAAUUACCCACUUUUUUUUUUUUUUUUCUUCCAAGUCCAGACUACUUGGCCUGCUCCUGACUGCAUGCUGCCGGACUUUGGCUAAGUAUCUCCAUGUGGUCAAAUUUUUUUCAGAUGCUAUUUUGGACUGGAAGGAACUGAAACAGCUGCAGCUGCACCAGGUGGAGAAGUUUGGACCAAGAAAACCCUCUAAGAAUCACACAGAAGCAAAACUCUUGGGUCUUGUGUCAGGGUAUGUGUGCAUUCUUUAAAGGACUUCAAGUUUCCAAGAGCAGUGCUGCACAACCUUUGAAAGGCUUUCAGGAUCAUUGUUUAAAGGUGCUGCAGAGCCUUGUGAGCUUUCCAUAUUUUCCUUUGUGGUAAUUGCUUUCCUCUCUGAACUGAAUGCAGCACAGCACAUCUGCCACAGCUGGCAAGCAGAACAGCACCAGCUAAUUCACAUCUAACUAUUGCCACCCACAGAACAUUUAUUCUCACCUGAGUACUACAAACAGGCCUGCAGAACAAUAUCAUGUUGUCAUAAAGAGGUAAUAGAGUCUAAAAUUAAUAUUAGUCACCCUGUUCAGGAUUUUAAUAUAUGUCAUUUUCAUAAUUGGCAACCUGUUGAAUAGAAUUUAAUGGACCUGAAUCACCAAGUGAUGAGAAAAGAAGUGGAGAAAUACUAAGCAAGUGGUGGUUCUUGGCAUGCUUUUUUUAUAAAAGAAACCCAACAUAAAUUUUCAGAAAAAUAGUCCUGUAACACUUCUUAGGCUAAUCAUUGCUUUUCUUUUUGACUUUGACUGUCAGGUGACUAUUAUGUUUAUAGUUAAUUCCCUUUCUUGCCCACAAUGACAGUGAGAAUGUAUAGAAAUUAUCAGUUAAAAAAAAAGAAAGGUUUUUUUCAAAGAGAAAGGAUUAAUGGGAGCCAGUCCUAUGUAUGUGCAGAAUUAAAUUUCAAUAACAGAACUUCUUAUGUGUAAGUUCAAGCACAUUGACAAAAUGAAGACAUCAAUCUCAGGAUUUUUUAAAAAAAUUAUAUGUAGUGGAUUGCUCUGGGUUUAAUCCUUAAAUGUUGUGGUGCAAAAAGGAGAAAAGGGAUGUUUCAAAAAGCCCAAUAAACUUCAGUUGUAUUAAUCUGUAUCAACCUAAAAGUAUGGAUGUAGGGAAAAAUAGAUAGCCAAGACAGUAUUUUCUGAAGCUGAUUUUAUAUUUGUCUCUGGGUGCACUGCUUCUGCUCUGGACUUUACAUAAGGCUGCUGUAGACAUUUUUGGCUAUAGCAAAAGCCAUAUGGUCUGGCUACCAAAAUUAGAUUCUGCUUAGCUUACAGCCUACAGAGGCUCCAGCAGCUGUGCUGCCGACCUUUGAGAGGAGGAAGGAAAGGGCUUUCCUUUGCAUCACUCAGUCACAGCCCACAAAACAUCCCUGUAUUUGCAUGUGCUGCUUGCAGUUACCUACUGUCACACCUCAGCUCAUCUGCUGACACCCAGGACCUGGCUGUGAAUUAAAACUGCCUUACCAUUUUAACGUCUCCUUGUCCAAACUGUUUUGCCUGCCUCCUUUUUCUGCACUUUUUCAGCAGGAGAACAUCAUCACAUGAAAUUAUAAUACCUUGUGCAUGGAUCUUUCAAGCAAGGGAGCAGCUGUGGUAGCUAAACAUUGAGAAUCUGAUCUUCUUCACAGUCUCUGAUAUUGUGAGGAUAGAGCUCUUCAAAUUCAGCACUGCUACAAAUCCUAACAAAACUCUUAAAAAAACAUGGCCCUAAUGAAUCACUGUAGGAAACUAACACUGAGCCAGACCAGAGAGACUUCAGGGCUACCUGGAGGAGGCCCAUCUGCAAGCUGUGAUUUCUUUCUCAGUCUGGGUUUUUUAUAGACACUGUAAUUUAGCGACAUUUAGUUCAGAGGCUUUUUGGUUCUCACUCUGUGGUUAUGUAAAAAUGUAUCAUUUUCUAAAGCCAGUGGGAUAUGCAGUUGGGUGAAAAGUGCACAUUGUUAUUAAAAUGAGAAAUCAGUUGGUUUGGGUUUUUGCAAUUUCACAUAGCUUUGUCUGCAUGAAAAUCACAACUGUCUCCUCUGCAACAGGACUCUGACACGUGAAAGUUCACAGUGCUCAGAGAUGAGAAGUGACCUGACCCCGCUGUGCUGACAGAAGUCCAAGCUGAACCUGCAGCUGUCCCACAAAGCAGCUUUUGCACAUGCUGCACGAGGCAGGAGAGAGCAAAGCUGCCGCGCUGGCACAAAGCUUUGCUGCGGGAGCCGGGACCCCUCUGGAACGGCUCCGUGCGCGCUGCCGGCGGGAAUGAUGGCUCAGCAGUGCCCAGCACACGCAGCUCUGGGUAGGAGUUUCUGUGCCAAAAGGAGGCACACACUUUACACAGGGUGUAAUUAAGCUGUAAAUCUCAUUGCCACAGAAAUUUGUGGAUGCCGGACUUUCACAUUUCCCUGAAAAGCAAGGAAAUUUAAAUGGAAAAGAGCUGCCAGGGGGAAUUAAACACAGAGAUACCAGGAAAUCUUUGAGCAGAGGCUCACUGGAGGCUGGGAGUGGAGUGGGGAAACAGUUCUCUCAUGUUUGCUUUUACUUAACACUUUUUGCUGGGCAAUUGCUAUUAGCAAGAGUCUCUUCAUCCUUUAAAUAUUAUUGACAGCAUCCAUCAAGAGUUCUGGAAAGAGCUAGCUUCAGUCCUCUGCUCUGCCACAUGUUUUCUGUGUAACCUGGUUUUUCUUCCUUCAGGGGAAAACAGAAAUUGGAGCAUUUCUAACCUCCCACAGAGUUGAAAUCUGUUUACAUUAGGCCUGGGAAGUGCUUAGAAGUGCAGGGUGGGGUGUGGGCUGGUGUCUGAUGUUGCCGUGGAGCUGGGCCCUGUUGACGGACUCAGACUCAUGGUGGCCAGACUGCCACAGGUUGCACACAUGGUGGAUGUCUGAGGCAGUGAGGGUGGUGGGGCUGCUCCAGCACCUGGUUUUCCAUGUGACCAAGUUUAUUGCAGAGGUGACCCCUUGGGCUUCAGCCCCAGCACAAGUUUGGAAGCCGCAGGGAGUGUGUGGGCUUGAAGCGAAUUAUAUUUAUGUAGUCCAUAAAAGCAAUCUAAUAUUAAGUUUGCUACUGUAGAGGACUAGUGAUAAUGGACAAUGUCUAAACAAUAUAACAAAACUAGACUUAUUUAAAAAACAAAAGAUCAGUUUUCCUUAGUGCCUCAUUCAGCUGAACAGGAAUUUCACUCUUAUCAAUUCUCCUUUCUUAGACAAGUUAGAGGCCUUAACUUACCAUAAAAUCACAGGUGCAUUUUCAUCCUUCUUUCUUCUAAGCUUACUCCCUCUGACAGAUGUCCUUUGGGGCACUGCUUCCAUGGCUCAGCGCUGCCAGUGCCAUAGCUCUCCCAGCAGGCGAUGCUGGACCUUCUCAGAGCAGCAGCAAUUAAACACACUGCAGGAAAUAAUUCAUAGAGAGACUGUCUUCUGGAAUGGAAGCAGAGCUCUGCCCAAAGGUCUGUCAAAAUUUCAGUAGUGAAACAGAGAUGGCAGUGGUUGUUUCCCCAGGCUGAUGGGCAACCCAUAUCUCUGACCUCAGCUGAGCUGCUCACUGACAACCCUGUGACAAAUGCCUGUGAUAACCAUGGUCUCUGAUGAUUACUUUUUUCUACCCUGCAGAUACCAUAACUGGAAAGGGAAGUGAAGGAGAGUCAGUUUAUGGUCCUAGUUUUGAAGGUAUGUCUCCCCAGCUAUCUGACAGUGCAAAUUGUGAAUUUCCACAAAAAUCAAGUUGUUGAUCUGAUCUUAUUCACAUAACAACCAGGGAAUUGCUUUUCAUCUCCCAGCAAAAUGGUUUGGUUUUCAGUCAGAAUUAUAAUCUGCUUGUACUAGCAAGACUGCUUUAGUAAAAACACUUUGAUCUAUAACCUUAUGCCCUCUUAUGUUCCCUGCCUGAGGCUCAGUCCCUUGUCCUUGCCUAAAUGACAGCUGAUGGUCACCCACUGCCUACUUCAAACUUCAAAUACCUUUGUGGACAGGACCCUAGAAAUGGAGAAGCAGAUUAACUACAGAUCUCCAGGCACACCUACCACCUGUUUAAAUGCCUUUAAAGGAACUGAGGUAUGUCAGCUUUACCUCUAGCAAUCUCCUGGACCUCAGGCAGCUUCUCAGGCUUGGGCAAGCAUUAGGCAUUGCUGUCAGCAGCCUCAACUCUGUAGAAGGGGAGUUCUGAAUCUCAUAUAAAACCCUGAAAGUCGAGAAAUUACAAACAUGACCUAAAUUUAACAGAAAAUAUUCCCUCAUACUGGCAUAAAGUAAUAAAAUGUAAAUAAAAAAAGAACAUUUUAACUUCUGAUAUUUAAGAAAAACAACUCAUAUCAUUGACAUAGGCAUUUGGGAUUUUCUGUUUAGAUUAAAUGCUACCCAUUAAGACACUUUAUGACAAUUAAAGCACUUUUGAAAAUUAUUUAUGUUCCCUUAUAUAAAAGCUUUCCCACUGGCAAUGGUGCAAACCAUUUGAGCAGGCUGGGCAGCAGCCAACGCUGAUAUCAGAAAUGCUAAGUGCAGCUGAAAAGUUUCUUUCCCAAGAUGCUGAAGAGUCUGCUUGUGAGGAGAAUCUGCUCUCACCUCAAGGUCCCAGGUUGGAUGGAGCACAAUGCAGUAGCACUGGCAAGCAGGAAAGCUGCUGGAGGUAGAAGCCUGGUGUGUGGGAUUUAAAGCACUAAAUGCUAUGAACUUCCUGGAGUGGAAAGAAAAAGACAAAAGUCACUUCAUUGAUGCUGGAGCUCCUAAAACAGGAGCAAGCCCAGGCUCCCAGGGCAUACGUAUCUCUGAGAACAUAACAUAAGCUGGUAGUGGAAAAAAAAAAGGACUGGCUGUUGAAUUGUUUCCAAGGUGGAUGGCACCAAGGACUUAAAAUUUUACAAAUCCUCUUUUCCAGCAAUGUUAUCCAAUCUAUUUGUGCUAGAGCCCAUCUUGCACCUUUUGCACUUUCUGUUUGGGUAAAACUUGUAAUUUUUUUAUGACCCAUAGAUUUUCUUGAUUUACACAUCAGGUAGAAACAAGUUUGCAUGUACCCAGGCUCCUCUGCACACAGGGGAGCCAUGGCAGCUCACAUGUUUGACUCCAGCUCCAUCACCCUCCCCCAGGCAGAGCUUGUGUUUUCCCUGUGCUACUCAGGAAAGAAGCUGCCAUGUCAUCUGGGAAGGGGACAAUACACCAAAAACUGUUUCAGUAAUUUUAAGGUGGGUUCCAUUUGGAAUUGGUCAGCCUUGAAUGUGUCCCUGCAAGAGUUUUGUUACUCAUAUUGCACAUAGUCCAUGUGUUGAUGCCUUAAAGGAGGAGAUUGCUACUUCUGUUCUCCCCCUCUUUAAUUAAAGAUUGCUUUCCACCCUUAAGAAAGGUGUUCCCUUGGGAAUGCCUUUCUAUUUUUUUAGAUUGCUGUCCCGAUACUUCCCGCAAAGCUACUUUACCCUGAGGGCAGAGGACAAAUAACUUUGAUAUCUGGAAAGGGUGAGCAAUGCCUCUGUGAGCUACUAAUAUUCUGGGAGACUCCAUGCUUGGCACGUGUCUGGGCACUGCAAUUAAUGGGUGGAACCUGCUGGAAUUAAUGGGACACAACCUCCUUUUACUGUAAUGAGAUGAGAGGACUGAGGCAAUUACACAGAAUCACUCGUACGGGAGCACUGUGUCAAAGGACAAAACAUCCCACUCCAAAAUUAGUCUGCUGAAGUAAUUUUGCAAGCCAUAAGGCAGAGUAACUGUUCAGUUAAAAUUUAACUGCCAUUUUUAUGAAUCAGUUUCUGAGAAAGGAUCUCAAACAAAGUAACAAGAAUAAAAAAAAUCAGAGAAAAAUAAAAUCUAAAUAUUUCUUCACUUUCCUUAAAGCUUGUUGAGAGCUCGAUGGGGCUCUUGACUGCUCAUUGUGAUCAGGUCAGAUGGUAAUGGAGGAUGACAAGAUCACUGGACCCUCUGUUCCCCACCCCAAAGCUGGCUCCUCUCCACAGAAAAGGAAAUCAAGUCCUUGCCAUAAUCCCCCAAACCCAAGCACACCUAAUGCUUGCUUCUCCCCAGUCAUCACUCUUUAAAGUAAUUUCUUUUCUCUCACAAAUCCUUUCCCAGCCAGAGUGGAGGAUCCUCUUCACCUCCUCACAGCUCUCACUCCCAUCGCCUACCUCCUCUCCUAACCCUGGAAAAAAUCUUCUACUCUAGGAGCACCCUGGCCUCCUUAACUCAGUACCUGCUCUCCAUUUAUUCAGUUCUGUCAUCUUAUUUAGAUAAGAAAGUAUCCUGCUAGCCCUCCUGUGCAAGUUGCCAAGGGCUGGGAGCAGCUGUGUAUCCCACCCCAGCCAGCCGUGGGGGUCCUGACUGUGCUCUCAGGAGCCUUGUUCCUCUGGCAGCGGCAUGAGGGGAGGCAGAGCUGAGCCUGUGCUUGGAGCACCCCCUCUGCCUCCUACCUUCCCAUCUGUACAGUGGCAAUAAUCACCAGCAGCCAUAGGGAAUUGCCAUGAUCAGUAUCUUGAGCUACUCUGGUGAGAGUCAUUACAGACCAACGACAGGGAUCCAGCGUGCUUUUUUAUGGAGACAUUUUCAUUAGCUUCUUUACUGGCUAAAAGAUGGAUUUAAACCAGACUUUGCUGGCAUAAGACUCAGUGCAACCUUUGAGGGAAAGGAAAAAGGUGAGAGCAAAAGAAGGAAAGGGAGCUUGAGGGAGCUGGUAAAAGGGACUUGUACAGUGAAUAGCAGCAAAGGGAGCACCACAACUGCAGCCCUUUAUCCCCCAGCUCUUUCCCUGGAUGAAAGCUUCUCCAUUCAUCACAAAGGAAGAGGAAUCCCCAGGAUGGCCAACAAGAGUCACCACAGGAACAGCUCACAGUUCCACAUCACCUUCCAGCCAACGCUCCACCUGGACAAGAAAUAUCUUACUCAAGCUAGAAAACCCUUCCUUGGCAAAACCAAGGAAGCUGCCAGGGCAUCUCCAGGACCAAAGGUUACAAACUUGUGGCCGCAGAGCUCAGUGUCAGCUCAGGGUGGGUCCUGACAGACAGGAAGGUGUUUCACAAAACCUCCAGGCUCUGCUCUGCCCGCACAAGCUGAAAAACAUUGUUUUAGCAAAUGCAUACUAGAAGUUUGUUCUCAGUAGGUUAACAUAAAAGGACUAGCCUGUUAAAAUUUUUAGAUUUUCAGGAAUAUAAUAAACAAGAAUAUUGCUUUGAGCAGUUUGCUUGAUGGAAGAGAACAAAAUAUUUAAGUAUUACCACAGAGAGAACAAUUCAGAGUGUAGUUUCCAUGUUACCACACCAUGCAAAAAGACAGCAUUUUUAACAGUAGCAAAAUAGCAUAACUUUCUAACUUUCAAACCUACAGAGAACAACCAAAAGCUGGAUAUAUUCAUAACCAGCAACAUUUGCUUCAAGUUGCUGCCUUGCCACCAGCUCUGUGCAAUCUGAAAGGUGUAGGAUCCAUGAUCUUAUAGCCAGGCCCUCCUAAAUCUGAGUGGGAAUUUAAUCCUGAGGAAGCAAAACAACCCACAGUGUACAGCAAGGACACAGACAAGGUACAACAAGGACAGCCAGGGACUUUCCAGGCUCUGCUCUGUUCAGAUUUUCUGAUGUCCCCUUGGACAAGGGAUGCCUGCAGCAUCCCCCUUGCUUGGUACCACUCUUCUGGAUGGGGUGGGGUAGGAUGGGAUACAGAACAAAGCUUUCUGGAGCUCUGCUGGCAUCCAUCGCUGUGCCGGCGCCUGCAGGAGGCACAGCUUGUCCUCCCACAGUGUGAGAGAAGGACAGCCUGAAAAUCACAGAGAUCACAAAAUGCUGGGCUGCUUUCAGGACUCAGAUUAGUGCUGUGAAGGAAGAAAAUGAAGGAUAUUUCACAGGGAAUCAUUUCUAAUACUGUUACUUCUCACUGUGUCUCCUGACUACAUCUCAAAAGUACUGGCCAUUUGUUGCUGGGGCACAUGGAACAGCACUUGCUUCUUUAAAUAAAUGUAGCUGCAUAAAAGCUAUAGUAUUUUCACCUCUUCUGAAAUGCCAACUGGAGGCUACUUAAUCAAAAACUGACAGCACUCAUUGUGAAGAAGAACUUUCUAAAGAGUGUAGUGAGUGUAGCCUGUCCAUAGGAAACAGGUGCCUGGGUUUUAAUGGCCCCACACAAAACAGAGGCUGCAGAGCUUGGCUUUGGAUGGAGAUGGAUCCCAUGGGCACUUUCUCGUUCCUGUAGGCAAGUGAUCAAGGACAUGGAGAUCCUCCAAACACUGGAGGCUGUACCUACAUAUAACAAAAGGCCUACAGUAGCCUGCAAGAUAAUUAACUGAGACACCUUCAAUUCAUGAUUCCCAGAUGGUUUUCUUGACUGCUGUAAGGCAGAGCAUUAUUUCCCACUCAGCUUUUCACAGACCAUGAUGACUUUCACUUACAGCAAAACUAAAACCAUGUCAUCUUGCUCAUGUGAAUGGCUUGGAAACAUGUUUUUUUUGGCUUAAAAAUAAAUGUUCACAAGGUGUUAAGUAUUUUUACAGGAGAAGAGAAAAGGACCUAUGAACAUAGUGCACCUACAAUUUAUGGGAAAUAAUGUUAUGAUGAUUAUAUAGUUACAAGCACUGAUACGAUAUAAUGACAUCUCAGACAAAAAAAUAAGAAAAAUAUGUUUGUAGGACUGUAGCCUCAGUGAAGGCCAAACAUUUGAUCCUGCUCUGAUUACUGUAAACUAAAAGUAAAGUCCUUGAAAUCACGUUGGCUGCAUGAGGCUAAAACCAGGAAAUGCUAAAGCAGGAAAAAGAUUUAAGUAUUUUUUUAUAACAGAUGCUCUCAAUUAAAAAGAAAGUGACUGUUACUGAAACAGAGGAAAAUAUUGUUUAUAAAGUUAUUGCAAUACUGUUAAGGUUAUGUUUGGAUGUAAAUACAGAAUCCAAAAUGA